AUGGGUCUGUUUGACCGCGGGGUCCAGAUGCUGCUGACCACGGUGGGCGCGUUCGCCGCCUUCAGCCUCAUGACCAUCGCGGUUGGCACGGACUACUGGCUGUACUCGCGCGGCACCUGCAAGAGCAAGUCUGUCAGCGAGAACGAGACCAGCAAGAAGAACGAAGAGGUGAUGACCCAUUCCGGCUUGUGGAGAACGUGUUGUUUGGAAGAUCCCCUCACACGUCUGGCCUGCUUCCUGUCUCGCUGCGACCGCUUCCUGUCUCACUGCGACCGCUUCCUGUCUCGCUGCGCCCGCUUCCUGUCUCGCUGCGCCCGCUUCCUGUCUUGCUGCGCCUGCUUCCUGUCUCGCUGCGCCCGCUUCCUGUCUCGCUGCACCCGCUUCCUGUCUCGCUGCGCCCGCUUCCUGUCUCGCUGUGACCGCUUCCUGUGGCGCUCCGAACGGGGUGCGGUGAGAGCCUCCAGUAUCUUCCCCAUCCUCAGUGUGAUCCUGCUCUUCAUGGGAGGCCUGUGUGUCGCCGCCAGCGAGUUCUACAAGUCACGCCACAACAUCAUCCUCAGCGCUGGCAUCUUCUUUGUGUCUGCAGGCCUCAGCAACAUCAUCGGCAUCAUUGUCUACAUAUCGGCCAACGCGGGCGACCCGUCCAAGAGCGACAGCAAGAAGAACAGCUACUCAUACGGCUGGUCCUUCUACUUCGGCGCGCUCUCCUUCAUCAUGGCCGAGAUGGUGGGCGUGCUGGCCGUGCACAUGUUCAUCGACCGGCACCGGCAGCUCCGCGUGGGCGCCCAGGCGGCCGACUACCUCCAGGGAUCAGCCAUCACCCGCAUCCCCAGCUACCGCUACCGCUACCGGCGGCGCUCGCGGUCCUCGUCCCGCUCCACGGACCCCUCCCACUCCCGCGACGCCUCCCCUGUGGGGCUGAAGGGCUUCGCCGCGCUGCCGUCCACCGAGAUCUCCAUGUACACGCUCCCCAGGGACACCCUCAAGUCCAGCGGGACGCCCACCGCCACAUACAACUCAGAGAGGGACCCCGGCUUCCUGCAGGUCCACAACUGCAUCCCCAAGGACCUGAAAGACUCAGCCCACACCAACACAGCCAACCGCCGCACCACACCUGUGUGAGCCGCACAACACCUGUGUGAGCUCUGUCCGGGGGGGGGGGGGCGCUGGGGAGACCCAGGGAAACCCCCGUCUCCCUGGCUGUCCGACACACCACAGGGUCCGAGGGCAGAGACCCUGUUUAUCCAGAUUGAGGAUCUUUUUUUUGCUCCGCUGCAUGAUUUUCCCAUCUUCCAGUGUUUUAGCGGGCGUGGGGAAUGUCUGUCGGGGGGGAUGGUGGAGCUGGGGGAACAGGGUGUCUGGAGAGAGAGACAGUUUCUGCCGGGGUGAGUGAGGAGGUGGAAACUGCAGGGGAGGGGUACAUUCAAAAGAUUUAAGCAAUUAUUUCAUGACAUUAUUUUGGCUUGACCCCACAGUUUGGAUGGAGAAACGAAUCAAGCCGCCCCUCCCUCCUCCCCUCUUCACCUCCUCCUCCCCCCUUCACCUCCCCCUUCACCUCCCCCUCCGUAGUUGUAGCCAUAUUUAUCCAUCUCAUCUCUUUACUUUUUGCAUUAAAACUGUGAACGGUUGCAGUUUUGGGAUUUGGUAAGAAUUAGCCCAAUCUGUCAACUCUAACAAAGGUACUAUAUAUAUAUAUGUAUUACUUUUUAUAAAUAAAUUAAGUUAAUAAUCAAGAGAUACAGGCUUUACUGAAGCAAAAAAACAAACAAGUAAACUAAAGCUGUUGGUAACAUGAGAAAGGACUCUUUAAGAUCUGCUGGAAGGACGAGCGACUGGUGUUCCACCAUCGAGCUGCUGACGUCAACAAGAGACACAUGCAGACCAGACAAUAGAAAAAUAUUUUAAUAGAACCUUCUCGCCUUUUUCUGAGUCCCCUUAUUCGCUUUCUUUUUUGUGGGAGGGGGAGGGGGGGUGUCGUCACGGAACGUUGAACCCCCUCAACAGGAACAACCAAUCAGGGGGUCGAAGUGGACGAGAAGCUAAAGACUAAUAACUCGACUUCCAAGAAAGGAAGGAAGGAGGGGAGAGGAAGAGGACGCCAAACACAAAACAAAAACUUGAGAAAAAGAACAAGUUAAAUAUGAAAUAGUACAAGAGAAGUUAAAUGACUCACAAUUUCAGAAAUUAAAUGCAUGCUAUAAAAUUACAGCGAAUCUGCUCUUGAGAAACUUAAGUUUUAAAGGAUAACGAUUAUUAUUAAGGGGAAAAAAGCGAAGACAGUAACGUUUAAAAUAUUAAUGUUUUCAUGUGUACUUUUCUCGUAUGUUUUUGUUUAUUUAUUUACGUCAUUUUAUCUUUUAUGCUUUUAUGAAACAAACCAAACAAUCUACAUUGAACAAAAUUGCUUUUUAAUUGAUUGGUUUCUUUCUUUAUGAAUAUACAAAUAUAUAUAUGUAUGUAUGUAUUUAUUUAAUUUUUCAAAUUCACACGGCCUUAGUCAUUUCUUUCUUUCUUUUGAUUUUCAACGUGUUGUUCAAAUUGAAAAUGAAAUCUUUAAAGGUGCCAAAACCGAACAAUCCUUCAUCACUUGGAUGCAUCAAACCCUGAAGAAUAAAAUACAAACC